CUCCCGCCAUGUCGCAGCGCGCCGGGGACCGCGAUCGCGACCGGGAGCGCGAGCUGCAGUGGUCGGCCCGCAGGAUGGGCACGUCGCUGCUGCUGCAGCUGUCGGCGCACGAGCGGGAGCUGGACCUGGUGUGCCUCGACCACAGCUACGCCAAGCCCUGGAGCGCGCACCCCGACGCCAGCGCCGCCCGGCCCGCGCGGCUCCUCUUCCUCACCCCGCGGAGGCACCUCGGCAGCGCCCCGGAGGCCGACGUCCCCAUCGACGUGGAGACGGUGACGCCGACGCCGGUGCCGCUGUACGACAACCAGAAGGCGCGGAGCGUGAUGAACGAGUGCGAGCGGCACGUCAUGUUCGCCCGCACCGACGCCGACGCGCCGCCGCCGCCCGACGACUGGGAGGAGCACGUCAACAGGACGGGCUGGACCAUGGCCCAGAACAAACUGUUCAACAAGAUCCACAAAGCGCUGCAGUCGGACAGGCUGGCCCGCCUGGCCAACGAGGGGGCCUGCAACGAGCCCGUGCUGAGGAGGAUUGCCGUGGAUAAAUGUGCCCGCAGGGUGCGCCAGGCCCUGGCCAGCGUCAACUGGGACACCAAGCUCAUCCAGUGGCUCCACACCACGCUGGUGGAGACCCUGAGCCUGCCCGUGCUGGCUGCAUAUCUGGAUGCCCUGCAGACCCUCAAGGGAAAGAUCCCUGCACUGAUUGACAGGAUGCUGCUCUCCUCCACGGCCAAGACAGGAGCAGCAGGGGCUGAGGCGCUGUCCCUGCUGCUCAAGAGACCCUGGGACCCAGCUGUGGGUGUCCUGUCCCAUAAUAAGCCAAGCAAACUGCCCGGAUCCCCCCUGAUCCUCAUCGCCUCCUCCGGCCCCGCCAACUCCCUGUUCCCCACGUCCCGGCGGCACCGCUUCUGGCAGUCGCAGCUCUCCUGCCUGGGAAAGGUGAUCCCCAUCGCCACGUCCCUGCUGAACAACGGCAGCGGGGUGGGGGUGCUGCAGUGCCUGGAGCACAUGAUCGGCGCCGUCAGGGGCAAGGUGGCCGAGAUCCACAACCACUUCUCGCACAAGCAGAUCAUCCUGAUCGGGUGGAACACGGGUGCCUUGGUGGCCUGUCACGUUUCUGUGAUGGAAUAUGUCACUGCUGUCGUGUGCCUUGGCUUCCCACUGCUCACCGUGGACGGCCCCAGGGGGGAUGUGGACGAUCCCCUGCUGGAGAUGAAGACCCCGGUGCUCUUCGUCAUCGGGCAGAACUCCCUGCAGUGCAACGUGGAGGCCAUGGAGGAUUUCAGGGAGAAGAUCCGGGCAGACAACAGCUUGGUGGUGGUGGGAGGAGCAGAUGACAACCUCAGGAUAAGCAAAGCCAAAAAGAAGGCAGAAGGCCUGACCCAGAGCAUGGUGGACAGGUGCAUCCAGGAUGAGAUCGCAGACUUCCUGACGGGGGUGCUGACCCGUGCUGAGAGCCACUCGGGCUCGGAGCCGCGCGACCUGGACGCCGAGAGGAAGAAGAAGCCCCGCGAGUGCGGCCGGCGGGACCUGUCCUUCGAGCUGCCCGAGAGGAGCAGCAGGCCCGCCUCCCCUGCGGCCAAAGUGCCAGCCUCACCCUCAGGCUCCGAGGACCUGUCCAGCGUGUCCAGCAGCCCCACGUCCAGCCCCAAGGCCAAGGUGGCCGCGCUGGCGCUGCCCAAGCCCAGCCAGGUGUGCCCCACGCAGCUGCAGAGGAGGCAGGUGCCCAGGCCUGACCCUGUCCUGAGCCACAAGCAGGCACAAGCUCACUUUGCUGCUUUUCUGAAACAAAACAUGCUGGUGAGGAAAGCUCUUCCUCCUGGCACCUCCUCCUGUCUCCUUGUUCCAGCAGCCCCCCAGCCCUCGGAGGGGGCUCUCAGAGGUGAUGGCAGAGAGCAGCUGAAGAGGCAGCAGAGCCCCAGCCCGAGCCCUGCGUGCACCAAGGCCUCCAAACGAGCCAAAAUCAAGGUGACCAUUGUGUCCCACGGCGAUGCCACGGGCACCGGAGCAGCCCUGAGCACCCAGGCUGAAAUUGUGUCCGGGAAGCCGCUGCCCCUGGGCCAGGCCGUGCCCAGCACCAAGGAGCUCUCGGGGCUGCUCUCCACCCCCAAGCUGAGCUCCGGCCCCGAGGCCUCGCUGAGCCCGGCCCAGCCCGGCCUCCCCAGCGGCGGCAGCGGCUCCGCCCCCAGCGCCUUCCACGCCCUGCAGAGCCGGCUGGUGGCCAGCGGUGGGCACGGCCUGCCCGCCCCGCCCGCCGCGCUGCCAGGAGCAGCCUCUGCCAGCAGCCUGCUCCAGGGGCUGAGCUUCAGCCUGCAGGACAUGGGCACCAAGGCCUCCAGCCUGGCCCCCAGCACGGCCACCGGCUCCCCUGUGCAGGGCUCAGCCCUCAAGGCCCCUGCAGCCCUGCAGAGCCUGGCUGCCCUCAGCACAGACUCCACGGGCCCCGUGGUUCGCACCAUCCCCGUGGCCGCCUCGCUGGCGCUGGGCGCCUCGGCCGGCAGCAAGCCCACGGCCAUCCAGCAGCUGCUGAGCAAUGGGGGGCUGGCCAAGCUGGCCAGCAGCCUGCCAGGGCUGGCCCACAUCUCCAACCAGGCUGCAGGCCUCAAGGCGCCGGCCACCAUCACGGUGACACUGCGGGGACAGCCCGGCCGCGUGGGCACCCUGGGCCAGGCAGGGCUGGCCACGGCUCAGCCCCAGCUGGAGGAGCAGCCCCAGGGCCCUCAGGUAAGGGGGACGCCUCUCCUUGCUCACCUGGGCAGCUCCCGGCCCUGCCAGGGCUGGGGUGUGGGGAUGGGGUGGCAGGAGCCAGGGCGUUGUCACUGUGUCUGUUGGGGUUUGAUUGUCCUUGAUCCCAUGGAAUCCUGGCAUGGUUUGGGCUGAGAGGGACCUCAAAUCCCACCCAGGGACCUCAAAUCUCACCCAGUGCCCUUUUGGGGCUCAAAGGGACCUCAAAUCCCACCCAGUGCCCUUUUUGGGUAUCAAAGGGACCUCAAAUCCCACCCAGUGCCCUUUUUGGGUAUCAAAGGGACCUCAAAUCCCACCCAGUGCCCUUUUUGGGGAUCAAAGGGACCUCAAAUCCCACCCAGUGCCCUUCUGGGGAUCAAAGGGACCUCAAAUCCCACCCAGUGCCCUUUUUGGGGGUGAAAGGGACAUCAAAUCCCACCAAGUGCCCUUUUGGGGAUCAAAGGGACCUCAAAUCCCACCCAGUGCCCUUUUUGGGGGUGAAAGGGACCUCAAAUCCCACCCAGUGCCCUUCUUGGGUUUAAAGGUGUCCUGGGUGUCUGGGUGCCCAGGCAGUGGAGCUGUGCCAGUCUGGGUGCUGGAUUUGGGUGCCCUGGCAGUGGAGCUGUGCCAGUCUGGGUGCUGGAUCUGGGUGUCCUGGCAGUGGAGCAGCCCCAUUUUGGGCAUUGUGGUUGCCCUGCCUGGGCUGAGCCCGGCUCAGGGCGGGGGCUCUGCAGCCCAGGAUGUCCCCAGGAUGUCCCCAUGGCACUGACCCUGUCCCCUUGUCCGCAGUGAGCACCACGGAGCCCCUGAGCUGUGGGAGCCUGGCUGUGGCACUGCCCAGGCUGCCCUGUGCCAGCCUGGCACCUCCAGGACACUCUGGGGACACUUUGGGACACUUUGUGGGGCCGGCCAGCAGCAGCCACGCUGUCCUGGGGGCUGUGGGGACCCCCAGAAUUCCUGGAGGGGUGUUUUUCUGGAUUUGUUGCUGUUUAAUUAAAAAAUUCAUUUUUUUAA